UUCACGUGACCUGCCUGAGCAGACUGUUUAGGAAAGGCUCGUUUUCUUCUAUUGAUUAGCUGUGAAUUUCUCCGUCAAAUAAUCGAAACACGGUUUAAUAAGGAAAGAUGAAAACUUUUGGYACUGUAAUUGRAUUCUUCGUUCUUCCAGUCUUCGUCAGUSCUUUCAUGACAGUCGUGAAUCACUGCACKUCAAACCACAUGGGGUCCUGUCAUCAYCAUUUCACWAAUGGAAAUUUUAAUGCACACUGCAAUGGAAACAGRCUAAAUUGCUUCCAACAAUGUACCUCUGCUGGUUGCACCAUGACAUGUUCUUCACCAAACACUUGCAGUCAGAAUUGCAUUGCCAGUGGAUGCCAGAGUUUGGUGUGCAAUUCCAACCAGUGCACYCAGACAUGCUUUCAAAGUCGUUGCAAUAUGAAAUGCAAUAGCACCUGUGCGAACUGCAAUCAGAACUGCCAAGGAGGCUCUUGCAAUAUGACCUGUCCAUCAAGCGCUAGAAGAUGCAUACAAACGUGCAAUAGCAAGAUYUGUCAUAUGACCUGCCCGAAAGGAGUGCAAUAUUGCGAACAAACAUGUGCUGGUGGAACCUGCAAUAUGYUGUGUUCUGGCCAUUUCUGUAGACGAAACUGCCAAGGUGGAAGUCAUUGUAGAAUACUUAGUAAUAAUCAGCACACCAAGUCUCUUGCUUUGCAUGGAAGCACUUGCACCCACAAUUGCACAUCGCCCGGCUGCAAUUUGAUUGGUAACACCUGUCAUCAAAAGUGUCACUCAAACAAAUGCAAAUUGGAUUUCAAGGCUGACAGAUAUCGGCGAGUUAGCCGUCAACUCUGCCUUGGAGGAAAUUGCAUACUGAAAUGCAAGAACAGGAACGGUCGAUGUCAACAGGACUGCAAAGGAGGUAGAUGUACAGCCGUAAAUUGCAACUCUAAAUUUUGCUUUCAAAGAUGUGUCGGUGGAGGAUGUAACAUGAGAUGCAGUGCCUUGGGAUGCAAGCAGAUUUGCAUCGGAGGAGGCUGCAACAUGCAAUGUAGCAYCAAGGCCAAGAAAUGUUCUCAAACRUGUCAAGGGGGUGGAUGUAGGGCAAUGACAUGCAACUCUAAGCAUUGCGUCCAYUCAUGUCUUGGUGGAGGWUGCGCAGCGAAGUGCAGAGGAAUACGAUGUAACCAGAAGUGCUUGGGAGGAGGUUGUAGGCUAAUUUGCACCAGAAGAGCAAAAACGUGCUCCAGAUACUGUCUUGGUGGUGGCUGCCUUAGACUUAACCACAAGACUUAAGUUAUUAGAAAUUGAUAAAUCAACCAUAGUGAAAAGUAGGCUMUGAUGAAGUCUGAAGAUUUCGCUUGGGAAGGGGCUAAAGACUUUUCGGUUAUUUUUUAAUUAAGAAAUAGAUCUUUCAUCGUUGGAAUGCCAUGGACUAAGGUUAUAAGGAUAACUGUGUCAGGAACUAACGAUAACAGACGCUUUGCUGUAAUUUUCUUUUUGUGAUAUUGUAAUUGGCUCGCUKUUGAACAACGAUCUGAUGGCCCGGUUAUUGAGAAUUAAGUAGGUGACGUUAUUCACCCGAUGAAUCUUUAUCAGGAUAAACCUAUCGACAAAAUCUCUACGAGCUGGAUAACCAGUGAUCUUUCAUACAGCAGUUGAGUAUUUGUUUUUCGCUUUUUGAACUUUAAGACGACAGUUUUUUUUAAUCUUUAAAUAAAUUAAUUGCCACUAGAGAGCUAAUCCGGCAAGUAAAUGGGUAUUAGCUUAUUUUGCGCUAUUUAGACAGAGGAAUUAAACCAUCAGGAAUAUGAUGAGCAAGGAAAAG